AUUUUGAUGCCGUCUCUUCUAACACCUCCCCAGCGGAGAGGUGUCAUUAGGCGUUGUCUAGUUUGUAUAAGCUCCUCCUGUAUUCAGGCAAGUGUUUACUUUUUCAUCAGGUGAGGAAGGUAGACUUUAAGCAAAGAGAGAGUGAGGGAGACAUAACUGGUUUCUUGGGGACGUUCCUUUUAUUUUAACCCCAGGAUACAAAUAAGAACAGGGAGCCGACACUGGAGACCGCAACAACGAGAUGAGGAGGGGAUACGGGAUAAAUUAAGUCCCUCACGACCGAUCUGAAGUAACAACACUGAUAGCUACCACCGCAGUGGAAGCAGAACUAGGCGCCCUCUGACUGACUAGAUGAAAUCUGACCCGGGAUCCUCUCAUAUUAAUGAAUUUAAUUUUCUCACAACUGAAUGGACUUUCAUUAAACGGGAACUUCAAGUAUAAGCUAACAGUUGCAUAUGAUGCACGCGCUGGCGCGUAAUGGUACACCUAUAUGUAUACCUCUUCAAUCGCCUAUGGAUAUCGGAAGACAGAAGAUUUUGGUUUAGACUCCAUCAUUAUAUGUUUUGUGUUAAAGUUUAUUUUGUCUAAAUUAAAAAUGCUAAUUGGGAUUUUUUGCACUUUUUUAAAAGAAAAAAAAUGUUGAAGUAGCAUGAAUGAACAGACAAUUGUUAUCAGGAAUGUCCGUUUUCUGCCAGCUAAUGACAAAACUGCUCUCUAUUAAGGACGUAUAACAUUGGAUACCUGCGACUACAAUAUAAUUGAAACGCUUUUGAGACGAAGAAACUUCGAGAUACAUUUCUUAAAUGGACACGUUCUGGCAUUUUCCCGACGAACCUCCUACAGGGGUACAGUCGAAUUCACGAGGAAUAAUUUAAACAAACGGAUCACUCCCUGUUUUGAAAACUUAAAAAAUGAUGCCGAUGCCGUCGAGAUCAAAUAGCCUGUUCCUCCAUUUAUUUGCCUUUUGUCUCUAUGCACAGGUGACCAUUCAGUCCCCGCCUAAUUUUACGCAGCACGUGAAUGAGCAGUGCAAGUUUUCCGACCGGACCAGUCGUAGACUAAUUCGUACCUACCAGCUCUACAGCCGAACGAGUGGCAAGCACGUGCAAGUUCUUGGAAACAAGAAAAUCAAUGCCAUGGCUGAAGACGGGGAUGUACAUGCCAAACUGAUAGUGGAGACGGACACGUUUGGGAGCCGGGUUCGGAUAAGAGGGGCGGAGACUGGGUACUACGUCUGUAUGAACCACAGAGGGAAGCUGGUGGGCAAGAGCCGCGGCCGCGGGCGGGACUGCAUCUUCACGGAGAUCGUCCUGGAGAACAACUACACGGCGCUGCGCAGCGCGCGGCACGGCGGCUGGUACAUGGGCUUCACCCGCCGCGGGCGGCCCCGCAGCGGCACGCGCACCCGCCAGCACCAGCGCGAGGUGCACUUCAUGAAGCGGCCCACCAGGGGGCCGAGCGGCGGGGCCGCAAACGCCGCCGCCGCCAACGCCGCCGACCGCCGCCCCUUCGGGUUCGUGGCACACCCGUUCGGCCGGAGGACUAAACGCGUGCGCCGCUGGGGAGGGAGCUGAGGAAGGAUGGACGGGGUUGGGGGGGCGACAGAGGAUGGGGGGCGGGCGGAAGAAGAAGAAGCACAAGCGAAAAGAAAGAAACGGCUAAUGACCGGAUGGACCCUCUCAGCAACCUCUUCCACUAGUUUGUACUGGAAAUGACUGUACCUGAUAUCUAGGCUGUUUAAAAUCUAGAAAUGUACAAAAAAUAUAUAUAAAUAUAUAUAUAUUAAGGUGAGAAAACUGUCUAUUUUUGUACUUUUGACCAAAAAAGACUGACUUUUAUAAAGUUUUUUUUUUAUAAAUGUAAAGUGACGUAUGUGAAUGAGGCAGAAGUGCUGACGUUUAGCAGUGUGUUGGCUUUUCUGUCUUUUAUCUGUUUUUUUGUCGUUUUUUUGUGUCGUUCUUGAUGACUCAGUAUUUGCUACACCACAUCUGCUGCUCAAGGAGACGUGACAGGCCUGAGAGACUGCACUGACAGACUGUUCAGCUCAAACAGUACCGUGUUCAGUUCCAACAGUACAUGUGUUGAGCACAGGCAUCAGGUGUUCAGCUUCAGACAGUGCUGUGUUAAGCUCAGACACUGCUGUGCUCAGUUCAGCAGUGCUAUGUGUUCAGUUCUGUGCAAGUGUUUCACCGAUUGACAGGGAACCAGUGCCAUAGGAUGAACAAGCUCCUGGGCUUUGAGGAAACUCAUUGUUACUUCAUUGGUUUGCAGUACCGUAGAUGAAUUAGGGCAUUAUGCAUCCUGACCACAACCACUAAUUCACUUGCCAGUCCGUUACAAAUGUAAGAGGUGGUUAAAUUACACGACAUGACUUUGGCUGUCACUGAAUUCAUAAUAAUAAUAAUAAUAAUAAUAAUAAUAAUAAGAUCAUUUACAUAGCCUACAUUUUUGGGUUACAGGCCAAUGUCCUUAACCUCCAUGCCCAUAUUAUUUCUCAGUAAGGGCAAAGUGCAUUCUGACUAGACUGAAGAUAGGCCUUAAUCAAAGCAACACAGCUUUGAUCAUAUGUAAAUAUGGCAGCUAUCUGUAUUAUCAUCCUCAGUUUCCUACUGUUUUAACUGUAAAAUGGAGGUGUAAAUGUACAUGGUUUGACAUUUUAGGAAGUCUUUUUGUUUAGUUUUUUUUCUUUUGUGGCAUUUUGAGUGUUUUUUUU